AUGGAGCUUUCCCGCGAGUUCAGACAGCUACAAAUCAUUAACAAAGACAAAGAACUCCGUUCUUUUGCCCAGUUCACUGGCUGUGAAGGACACGCUGUUGCUGCUGCUCUGAUCAACAUGGCUAUUUUGGAAGGCUCCAGCCGCAGACGCGCAAUCUGGUCACUCAACCGAUCUUCUGACUGGUGGGAUAAUUACGUGCCUUGUUACACGGAAGCGCAGUGGUUGCAGCACUUCAGAAUGUCUGAGGAGACGUUCAUGUUCCUGUGCAACAAACUGCGGCCAGCAUUGCAGCGAAAAGACACUUUCUUCUGUGAGUGUGUGCCUCUGAGGAAGAUUGUGGCUAUUGCUUUGUGGAAAUUUGCUACAGGUUCAGAUUACAGACCCAUCAGUGUUCUGUUUGGUGUUGGCAUCUCAACUGUUGCCAAGUGUGUGAAGGACUUUUGUGCUGCUGCAGAAGCAUUCCUGUUGGUAGAACUGAUUCAUUUACCCGAUGAGGGUAAAUUUCGGGAGAUAGCGUCCUAUUUUGAGAGCAGGUGGGGGUUGCCACAGUGUGUGGGUGCUAUUGAUGGUUCACACAUCCCCAUCAUAGCACCCAGAAACUUUCACACAGACUAUUUCAACCGGAAAGGGUGGCACUCACUCAUCUUGCAAGCUGUGGUUGAUGGAAAGGGACUGUUUUGGAACGUUUUUGCAGGGCUUCCAGGGAGCAUGCACGACGCGAGGGUCCUGAGACUGUCCUCCAUCUGGGAUUUGGCAAGCCGUGGAAAUCUCUUCCCUGACCAUUCCAUCCAAAUUGCUGGCGUUGACUUUGGAUACUGCAUCCUGGGUGACUCUGCUUACCCGCUGCAAGACUGGCUGCUGAAACCCUUCACAGACACUGGGCGACUGACAGAGCAGCAACUUCUUUAUAACAAGAAGUUCAGCCGGGCACGUGUGGUGGUUGAAAAUGCCUUUGGUAGGCUGAAGGGAAGGUGGUGUUGCCUGCUGAAAAGGAAUGACUGUGAUGUCAGUCUGGUGCGUUCCAUGAUUCUGACCUGCUGUGCCCUGCAUAAUCUGUGUGAGAGCCACGGCGAGCAUUGA